UCUCUAUCUACCCUUUUUUUAUCUGCGUUCCCGCUCGGUGAACUCCUUUGCGCAGCUACUUCCUCUCACUCCUCCUUGUCUUCCUCUCGGCUUCACAAUCUUCAUCGUCAAUCUUUGAUUCAGCCUAAGAAGGUGCUGUACAUUAUAGGGUUUCAAGUAGAAGACAAUUGAAACCUCAUAAUUCAACCAAAAUGGCGGCCUUCAAUCUUGUUGCGGAUAUGUAUGACCCGGCCUUGAAGCCUCGCUUGCUACAUAAACUUCUUAGGGAGCACGUUCCCGACGACAAGCGUGCAUUUUCUGAUUAUUCAGAACUUUCAAAUGUGGUCUCUAUGGUCACAUCCCACGAUCUCCUCUCUGAAUCCUCUUCUUCCAAGGACCAAAAGCUGAUUGAUAGCUGGAAAUCCGCUGUUGAUUCCUGGGUCAACCGUUUGUUUCUUCUUCUCUCCAAUGAUAUGCCUGAUAAAUGUUGGGCGGGAAUCAUUUUACUUGGAGUGACUUGUCAACGAUGCAGCUCUAGUCGUUUCUUGGCAUCAUAUACAGAAUGGCUUCACAAGCUUUUACCUCACAUGCAGACAGAUUCUCAGUUUCUGAAGGUGGCUUCUUGUGCUUCGAUCUAUGAUUUAUUCUCGAGAUUGGGUAGAUUUCAAAGUGUAAAGAAAGAUGGGACUUCUUGUGCUGGGAAGGUCAUUCAACCAGUUAUAAAGCUGUUGCAUGAUGAUAAUACUGAAGCUGUUUUGGAUAAUGCGGUUAAUCUGUUAUGCACUUUGAUAGAUUUCUUCCCCUUCACAAUCCAUCGUCAUUAUGACUCUGCCGAAGCUGCAAUUGUUUCAAAAAUAUUUUCAGGGAAGUGUAGUUCUAACAUGCUGAAGAAGCUUGCCCGUUGCCUGGCAUCACUUCCAAAAUCAAAAGGAGACGAAGAUAGCUGGUCUUUACUAAUUCAGAAGAUUUUGUUAUCCAUUAAUAGUCAAUUGAAUGAGGUUUUCCAAGGCAUUGGUGAAGAUUCAAAAGGCAGUGAAUUUGUAAGGUUACUGAUUCUACCAGGAAAAGAUCCUCCACCACCUUUAGGUUGUUGUUCAUCAUCAGAAGGUUCCUUGGACAAAAUAAAAAAGAGCUCAGAGCGGAUGUUAAUAUCUAGUAUUUCAACCUUGAUGGUUUGCUGUUCCACAAUGAUAACAAGUUCAUACAACCAUCAGGUGGCAGUUCCCAUUCGCCCGUUAUUAGCUCUUGUUGAGAGAGUGCUGACGAUGGAUGGUUCUUUGCCACCCACUUCAGUGCCAUUUAUGACAUCUCUGCAGCAAGAAUCAAUGUGCUUAGAACUUCCAGUGCUGCAUUCUGUCAGUUUGGAUCUCCUUGUUGCCAUCGUUAAGAGCCUUCGCAGUCAAUUGUUGCCACAUGCUGCAUCAAUUGUACGACUCACUGUGAAGUACUUCAAGAAGUGUGUCUCUGCAGAACUGAGAGUAAAAGUCUACGCAGUUGCUAAGUCAUUGAUGAUGUCUUUGGGUGUUGGAAUGGCUGCAUCUCUUUCUCGAGAUGUGAUUGACAAUGUACUAGUUGAUCUGAACCCUGUCAAUAAUGAGAGUUCUGCUGUGAAUCCGAAGGACACACAAAGAGAUUCGUCGCAACACCAUAAUAAGAGAAAACGUCCUUCAGUUCCCACUUCCAUGAAAGGGCAGCAUGAGAGGAAUGAACCAGAGGACAUUACCAGCAGCUGUAGCUAUACCUCAGUCCACUUGAGGAUAGCUGCACUUGAGGCUUUGAAGACUCUUCUUACAUCGGCUGGUGCUUUGAGAUCUGAAGAAGGGUGGCGUGCAAAAAUUGAACAUCUCUUAAUAACAACUGCAACAUCUUCUCUUGAAUGGCCACGAGCUUCAGACGACACCUUUUUCCAAGCUAAUGAAUCUAUUGGGGUUUGGGUGGAUUAUCAGUUGGCGGCAUUUCAUGCACUACUAGCUUCUUUUUUGUCUGCUGUCCAUGUACGCCCACUGGCUUUGGCUCAAGGUCUUGAGCUCUUUCGUAAAGGUAAACAAGAAAAUGGAACUAAACUUGGCGAGUUCUGUGCCCAUGCCCUCUUAGCCAUGGAGGUUCUAAUACAUCCGAGGGUCCUUCCCCUCUCGGAUUUCUUGCCGUUGCGCUUGAGCUCUCCUGAACCACAAGCUGCCUUCAAAUUCCAGGAAGAUCUGUACUUCAACAGUAACGAUUCUAGGAAAUUGUUGAAGGUUGGCACGCAAAGCAUGGAGCAGAGGGCCUCCGAGGCUCUAAUUAGAGAUGAUGUGCUAGAUAACAAUGAAAUGACAUAUAGCCCCUCAAAUGAUAUCGAAAAUGAGCCCUCGGCUAAUGCCCUAGCGAAUAUAGAAAGGCCCAAGAGGACCGAACAGACCACUGCAGCAGCCAUCUCAGAAGAAGGGGUUGUAGCGCAAGAUGAUGUUGUAUUUGCUAAUGCAAGUAUGAAUAGUUCCCCCAUAUCAUCAAAAUCAUAUAAAAUCGAAGAUUUUGGACGUGAUUCAAGCUCAAAUUUAUUGCUAGAAGAUGACUUUCCUGAUAUUAUUGAUGCAGAUCCUGAUACAGACUAUGAAGAGUGAAAAUGGUAUUGUCAAUCAUUGACUCAAUUUUGUAGUUUUAAGGCCUAAGGGUGUUGUUCAGAAUUCAAGAUCAAUUAUUAUUGUUGUGUUCUAUUUCAUGUAGCCAUAGAUAGCUUGAACUGAUUAUCGAUAAUGGUUAUGUAUAUAAAAAGGUGAAAGUUGACAAAUUUCAAAAGCUUUGGUUAUGAGUUUCAGAGAAAUUUUCUUUGCGUCA